CAGUCAAAGGAAGAGGCCCCGCCUCCCGCUGACCCCGCAAACCCUGGGGGAGACGAGUGUACAGGGUUUAUUUGUAUAUUGCUGGAAAAACUACAUAUAUUUACGCUAGGAUAAUCACUUGAAAGAGUUUUUGUUACUUUUGUGAAGGCAGCAUCAGGAUUUCGGUAUUUUUGGAGGACUUUAAAUUCUUUUCGGCUGCCGUGGUGAAGGAUGGAUGAAAUGCGGCCUAGCGGCGGAGCGGCUGGCCACCUCGGGCUCGCCUCGCUCUUUCCGCCGGGUCUGCAGGCCAUCUACGCGGAGUGUCGGCGCUUGUAUCCCGAGCAGCCAAACCCGCUACAAGUCACUGCCAUAGUUAAGUACUGGUUAGGGGGGCCGGAUCCCCUGGACUACAUCAGCAUGUACAGGAACGUGGGAUGUCCUGCUCUGGAUGUACAGGAACACUGGCACUAUGUGAGUCUCGGCCUCAGUGAUCUGUACGGAGACAACAGAGUCCACGAAUUCACUGGUCAUGAAGGUCCAAGUGGAUUUGGUUUUGAGCUUACAUUUCGACUAAAGAGGGAACCCGGGGAGACGGCACCGCCCACCUGGCCAGCUGAGCUUAUGCAAGGUUUGGCUCGAUACGUCUUUCAGUCAGAAAACACAUUCUGUAGUGGUGACCACAUUUCAUGGCAUAGCCCACUAGACAACAGCGAAUCCCGAAUCCAGCACAUGCUGCUCACAGAGGACCCCCAGAUGCAGCCUGUACAAACCCCCUUUGGGGUGGUUAGCUUCCUUCAAAUAGUGGGGGUGUGCACAGAAGAGCUCCAGGCAGCACAACAGUGGAAUGGUCAGGGCAUUUUGGACCUGCUGCGUGGCGUGCGUGUUGCUGGAGGUCCAUGGUUAAUAACUGACAUGAGGAGAGGGGAGACUAUAUUUGACAUUGAUCCUCACAUACAACAGGAGAGGGUGGAUAAAGGCAUUGAAACGGACGGCUCUAACCUGAGUGGGGUCAGUGCCAAGUGUGCAUGGGAUGACCUGAGCCGACCUCCCGAGGAUGAGGACGACACCCGGAGCAUCUGCAUUGGAUCUCAGCCACGCAGGCUGUCUGAGAAAGACACCGAACAGAUAAGAGAAGCCCUGAGGAAAGGACUGGAGAUAAACAGCAAGGCAGUCUUGCCCCCUAUUCACGGUCAGAGACACCAUCAAGACCGGCCAUUACAAUCAGUCGGACAUUUGCAGAGCAAGCAGAACUCAAGAAGCCGUAAGGACAGUCUGGAAAGUGAGAGCUCAUCUGCUAUUGUUCCUCAUGAGCUGGUGAGGACUCGACAGCUGGAGAGUGUGCACCUCAAGUUCAAUCAGGAGUCUGGAACUCUGCUCCCACUGUGCCUUAGAGGUCGUCUGCUUCAUGGGAGGCACUUCACAUAUAAAAGUAUCAACGGAGACACGGCAAUCACUUUUGUAUCCACUGGAGUGGAGGGUGCAUUUGCAACAGAAGAGCACCCCUAUGCUGCUCAUGGGCCUUGGCUCCAGAUCCUUUUAACCGAAGAGUUUGUAGAGCGCAUGCUAGUCGACCUUCAGGAUCUGAGUAUUCGUGAUGAGUCCAAGCUACCAAAGGAAUACAGCUGGCCUGAUAAGAAGCUGAAGAUUUCUAUCCUGCCAGAUACAGUGUUUGACAGCCCGCUUCAAUAAGACUGAGAAGCUGUGUCUUCCCCCACGUCUCUAGAGGAGGGCUGAGCUGCAGGGGCUCCACAGAGACUCAUGCUUAUACACAGUUGGAGGAAAUGGACACGUAGACACUUGACUCCCUCUCAGACAUCUGUUGGCACAAGCCACUGAAUAUGCGUUUUAUCACCAAGUAUUAACUCCAUCAUCGCAUUUACUCUUCAGAUGUUAAUGUUGAAUGCAUUUUGGCCAAAUACCCUCAUGCCAUUUAUUUUUAAAAGUCUACCUGUGUGCCUGUAACUUGUAUAUAGAGAAGGUUUUUAAAUAAGUUUUUGAUUAUCUGAGAUGGUUGUACUGUUCAGUGUAGCUGUCUGGGGGGUGUAUUAACCCAGACUGAUAUUUGCAUCACGUUGAAGCAUGACUUGCCUAAAUUUUAACAAAAAUACCUAUUGACCUUAUGGGAAUGCAAACGGGCAAGAACUAACGGUUUGAUUUUUACUUCUCCCUUUUUUUUCUUUUUUUUUUUAAAUGAGGGCUGAUAAAGGGCUGAAUAAAAGCAUGUUUACGCAUUUUAAUUGUUGGGCAUAGCAAAUUCAUGGCCCUGCCAGAUGUUCCCCAACCUUUUUUGUGCCACAAGAAAGCACUGAUGUAAAUCUGCAUAGCAGUUUCUUUGAAAAGGGAUACAUUACUUUAAAUGUUCUUGCAAAAGGUUUGAUUAUGCCAAAGGUCUGUUUUCUUAAAAAUAUAGUAUUUCUAAUGCUAGAAAGAUAUACUGCCAGUCUAAACGUUGCUGAAUUUAUUUUGUGAAUUAUUAGUAGUAUUUCACUGCAUUAUUCAAAAACAUGCAUUAAUCAUUCACUAGGAAAUGUUUGCUGUUAAAGCAAAUAUUUUACCAACAAAACUUUUAACAAACUGCUCAUCAUGAAAUCAAGCUGUAAUGACUCUACCUUUUAUAUCACAAGUUACUGGAGUGUUGAAAUUGCUUUAAAAUUAAAUACACUAGUGCCUGUUUGAAAACUCUGAUUAACACUAUUUUGAUGCAAGUUGCUACUCUAUACCAAAGCCAGUAUUUAAUUUGCAUCCUCAUGUAUUGGGAGAUAAAGAGCCCUUUUUUUUUUUCUUUUCUUUUUUUUAAACUGUUUUUUUGUUUUUCUGUCCCCUGUUAAAUUCUUUAACCAUUUAAAGUGCAAUGGUUAAUGUUCCAUGUUAUGUUAUGGAUGUCAGCGUAAAGGUGUUUGUGGGGAUGAGUAGGUUUAAAAACUGCAACCUUUUUUCUUUUUUUUUUAAACAGAAUUUAUUUUACACCAUGAGGUUUUUUGUUGUUGUUUGUUUGUUUGAUUUAUGUAGUUUUGUCUUUUUUAUAUAUAUAUUAUUUCCAAUCACUAAACUGCCUGUUUUUCUUACCAUUGAAUUACAUUAAACUUUAUUUACAUGAA